GAAGGGUGGAGCGGGAAAUGGAAGGGUGCUUUGGCCGGAAGGCCAGAGAAGCGACGGCGGCGGACAUGGAUGCUGAUAGAAUCUCGAGUUUGCCCGAGGAGGUGAAGCAUCACAUUCUCUCUUUGAUACCGAACAUUAAGGAAGUUGUGAAGAUCAGUUCGCUAUCAAAGUCGUGGCUACGGACAUGGCGAUCUUUCCAGAUCACUGACUUCGACCAACAUCUCAUCCUACCGGACGAGUCCAGCGACCGCUUCAUCAGAUUCGUCGACAAUUACCUAAUGAGGUCCCGGGAUGAGAUGCCGAGGUUCAGGCUCUCCGCGCGCGCGACCACCGAAAUGGCUCCUCACGUCGACAGAUGGUUAGGUAUCAGUUUAGACUAUCAUGUUAAGGAGCUGAGCGUUAACAUCUUUAAGGUUCGCCAAAUUCCUGGCAAGUUUCUGUAUUCGAUUCCGACAAGGUUUUAUCGGCCGAGUUCAUGAAGAGCUUAACAUUGGAUGGUGCGGUAAAGAUUGAUGGGAUUAGCACUGUGAAUCUUCCUUCACUGCUAUCGCUCCAUUUGUCACAUUCUCAUAUUGACAAUCAGAUGUUUCGUAGACUCCUUGGGGGCUGCCCCUUUAUUGAAGAUCUUUCUGUGUUCUGCUGCAGUCCCCUGUCUGAGAUCAAAGUCUUGAAUCUCAAUCAUCUAAAGAGAAUGAAGAUGACUAGCAUGCGUCCUGAUCUUAAGGUUGUCGGUAUUGAAGCACCGGGCUUAGAACGGUUUUGCAUGACUUACUAUUUUGAAACCGUGCAUUUAGCAAUUCAUGUGAGUCCGAGUCUCAGGUGCUUAGAAUU